AUGGCGGCCUGUGUUGUCGUGUGUGUUUCUUUAACUUUCUCUCUGCUUUUGGCUGAUGUGGCUUCAAUAGAAACUACAACCAGCGACGGGAUAAGGACCACCGCGCCCAGUGACCGGAACUCCACCUCUAACGUUCCGGACGGUGGUCCACCGACACAGUGGACCAACCCGACCCCGAGCGACCCCAGCCCCGCCAGCAGCACCACGGAGGAGCCGGUCAGCCCCACGGAGGGGCCGGUCAGCCCCACGGAGGAGCCGGUCAGCACCACGGAGGAGCCGGUCAGCCCCACGGAGGAGCCGGUCAGCCCCACGGAGGAGCCGUUCAGCCCCACGGAGGAGCCGUUCAGCCCCACGGAGGAGCCGGUCAGCCCCACGGAGGAGCCGGUCAGCCCCACGGAGGAGCCGGUCAGCCCCACGGAGGAACCGGUCAGCACCACGGAGGGGCCGGUCAGCCCCACGGAGGAACCGGUCAGCACCACGAAGGAGCCGGUCAGCCCUACGGAGGAACCGGUCAGCACCACGGAGGGGCCGGUCAGCCCCACGGAGGAACCGGUCAGCACCACGAAGGAGCCGGUCAGCCCUACGGAGGAACCGGUCAGCACCACGGAGGGGCCGGUCAGCCCCACGGAGGAGCCGGUCAGCACCACGGAGGAGCCGUUCAGCCCCACGGAGGAGCCGUUCAGCCCCACGGAGGAGCCGGUCAGCACCACGGAGGAGCCGGUCAGCACCACGGAGGAGCCGGCUCUCCCCGCGGAGCCUCUGCCCGUGUCCGGCCGCCUGCCUGUCCCUGUCCCAGGAGGCUGCGAGUGA